AUGGUUUCGCCCGUCUCUCCCUUCUAUCUCUAUCUAUCUAUCUAUCUAUCUAUCUAUCUAUCUAUCUAUUCCAGUCAGUUCGUAUCUAUCUAUCUAUCUAUCUAUCUAUCUAUCUAUCUAUCUAUCUAUCUAUCUAUCUAUUCCAUUCAGUUUGUAUCUAUCUAUCUAUCUAUCUAUUCAUUCCAGUCAGUUCGUAUCUAUCUAUCUAUCUAUCUAUCUAUCUAUCUAUCUAUCUAUCUAUCUAUCUAUCUCAUUCUCUUCUUUAUCUAUCUAUCUCAUCCUCUUCUUUAUCUAUCUAUCUAUCUAUCUAUCUAUCUAUCUAUCUAUCUAUCUAUCUAUCUAUCUCAUUCUCUUCUUUAUCUAUCUAUCUCAUCCUCUUCUCUGUCUAUCUAUCUAUCCAUCUAUCUAUCUAUCUAUCUAUCUAUCUAUCUAUCUAUCUAUCUCAUUCUCUUCUUUAUCUAUCUAUCUAUCUAUCUCAUUCUCUUCAUUAUCUAUCUAUCUCUCUAUCUAUCUAUCUAUCUCAUUCUCUUCUUUAUCUAUCUAUCAUCCUCUUCUCUAUCUAUCUAUCUAUCUAUCUAUCUAUCUAUCUAUCUAUCUAUCUAUCUAUCUAUCUAUCUAUCUCAUUCUCUUCAUUCUCUUCAUCUAUCUAUCUAUCUAUCUAUCUAUCUAUCUAUCUAUCUAUCUCAUUCUCUUUAUUAUCUAUCUCAUCCUCAUUUAUCUUCUCUAUCUAUCUAUCUAUCUAUCUAUCUAUCUAUCUAUCUAUCUAUCUAUCUCAUUCUCUUCAUUAUCUAUCUAUCUAUCUAUCUCAUUAUUCUCUUCUUUAUCUAUCUCAUUCUCUUAUCUAUCUAUCUAUCUAUCUAUCUAUCUAUCUAUCUAUCUAUCUAUCUAUCUCAUUCCAGUCAGUUCGUAUCUAUCUAUCUAUCUAUCUAUCUAUCUAUCUAUCUAUCUAUCUAUCUAUCUAUUUGCUUCGGUUUCCCUCUGUGCCAGUUUAUUUUGUCUUUAUCUACCUCUUUGUUUUUUUCUCUCUUGACCUAUUUUUUUCUGUCUCUCUGCCUCUUUUCAUCUCACUCUUUUUUCUCUUUCUCCCUCUUUCUACCAGUUUCUACCACUUCCUCUCGCUAUCCCCUCUCUCUUUCUCUCGCUAUCCCCUCUCUCUUUCUCUCGCUAGCUCUCUCUCUCUCACACACACUUUUCUUUUCUUCUUUCAAGUCUCUCUUCAGUUCUCUUCGAGCCUUUAUUAUUAUUAUUAUUAUUCUCACUUUCUCUUUCUCUCUCUCUCUAUUUAUCUCUGAUUCCACUUCUCUAUUUUCCUUUAUAUAUGUCUUAUAUAAAUGUCUCUCUGUCUCUUUCACUCUCUCUCGCUCUAUUUCUCAGUCUGUCUCUUCCUGUUUCUCUCUCUGUCGCUCACUCUUUUUGUCUCUCCCUGGUUGCUUCUGUUUUUCUACCCCCCCAGUUCCUUCCCUCUCUCCCUCUUCCUCUCUCUCAUGUUCUCUCUAUCACUCUUUCUCUCAGUCUCUCUCUCUCUUCCUCUUUAUCUCGAUCUCCCUCUCUCUGUAUCUCUUUGACUUCCACUCUUGA